UGAGAGGGGGACCCAACAUUUGUCACGUGUAUACACACAGAGAGUUACGACAAACUUUUUGCUUUAAAUGAUUCCUCAACAAAAUAUUACAAUAUUUUUAAAGUACCAGGAACUCAGUUUAGUCUUCACAGGAUUUAAGGCGACUGUAUACAAUUUGGCCCCAGGAGCUCUCGUUUUCAUUAAAAAAAAGUUUAGUUUGUCAAAAAUCUCAGGAGACUACGCAGAGAUUUGAAGAAAUCGGGGUAAAGCAGCCCGAUCAGGACAGUCUGCACAGUAUCUCUCAACCACAAGACAGCAAGCAGCCUUACGUCCCAAGAUUUAAAAUAUCCUGAUUCAGCGUGACUGUGGCUCACGCCCCACUGGCGUGCGGGAUUGUGGGAUUUGUAGUCCUGGACCCAAUCGCUUAUGAAACAGUUCGGCCAGGGCUGGGAAAGGACCGCGGCUUGGAAGGGACUCGAACUGGGGUUCCCGAGCAGAAGGACCCGGCGUGGUAUCUCCUUCUCCGCCGCCUGUCCAGAGAGCAGGAGAGAAGCGAGUCUGAGAUUCGCGUCGCCCUCAGCCGUCGGGACGCACACACUAUGCGUCAUGGCGGGCUGAGGCCGAUGAUGACUUCCGGUGUGCAUGUCAGGGUUGCUGUGUCACUCGGCCCGUUCGGCGCUCCUCUUCUCCGUCACCCUUCCGCACCGGCUCUCAGGCUCUUCCGGUCUUCAGCUGCCCCUUACCUGCAGCCCCCCUCUCCCUCUGCGCGCCGGCGCACGCCCGGCCUUCCCCGCGAGCCGAUCUCGCGCGGUGCCCGGAUCCCGGGCGCCGGACAGACUAGGGCCAUGGCGAGUGGUGUCGCCAGGUACCGGCUGAGCUGCUCGCUCCCGGGCCACGAAUUGGACGUGCGGGGCCUGGUGUGCAGCCUCUAUCCUGCGGGAGCCUUUGUGUCGGUGUCCCGAGACCGCACUACUCGCCUCUGGGUCCCAGACAGUCCUAACAGGGGCUUUACAGAAAUGCACUGUAUGAGUGGCCACUCCAAUUUUGUAUCUUGUGUAUGCAUCAUACCUUCAAGUGAUAUGUACCCUCAUGGACUAAUUGCCACGGGAGGAAAUGACCAUAAUAUUUGCAUUUUCUCACUGGAGAGUCCAGCGCCACUUUAUAUACUAAAAGGUCACAAAAAUACUGUUUGUAGUCUUUCAUCUGGAAAAUUUGGGACAUUACUUAGUGGUUCAUGGGACACCACUGCUAAAGUCUGGCUGAAUGACAAAUGUAUGAUGACCUUACAGGGUCAUACAGCUGCAGUAUGGGCAGUAAAGAUCUUACCUGAACAGGGCUUAAUGUUAACUGGAUCAGCAGACAAGACUAUCAAACUGUGGAAGGCUGGAAGAUGUGAGAGGACUUUUUCAGGUCAUGAGGACUGUGUAAGAGGCUUAGCGAUUUUGAGUGAAACAGAAUUUCUUUCCUGUGCAAAUGAUGCUAGUAUUAGAAAGUGGCAAAUCACUGGCGAGUGUCUUGAAGUAUAUUAUGGACAUACAAAUUAUAUUUAUAGCAUAUCUGUCUUUCCAAAUUGUAAAGAUUUUGUGACAACGGCAGAGGACAGAUCUCUGAGAAUCUGGAAACACGGGGAAUGUGCUCAAACAAUCCGACUUCCUGCUCAGUCUAUAUGGUGCUGCUGUGUACUGGACAAUGGUGACAUUGUGGUUGGUGCGAGUGAUGGUAUUAUUAGAGUGUUUACAGAAUCAGAGGCUCGGACAGCAAGUGCUGAGGAAAUCAAGGCUUUUGAAAAAGAACUCUCUCAAGCAACCAUUGAUUCCAAAACUGGUGACCUAGGGAACAUUAACGCUGAGCAGCUUCCUGGGAGGGAACAUCUGAAUGAAUCUGGUACUAGAGAAGGACAGACUCGUCUGAUCAGAGAUGGGGAGAAAGUCGAAGCCUAUCAGUGGAGUGUCAGCGAAGGGAGGUGGAUAAAAAUUGGUGAUGUUGUCGGCUCAUCUGGUGCUGAUCAGCAAACAUCUGGAAAAGUCUUAUAUGAAGGGAAAGAAUUUGAUUAUGUUUUCUCAAUUGAUGUCAAUGAGGGUGGACCAUCAUAUAAACUGCCUUAUAACAUCAGUGAUGAUCCCUGGUUAACUGCGUACAACUUCUUGCAGAAGAAUGAUUUGAAUCCCAUGUUUUUGGAUCAAGUGGCUAAAUUUAUUAUUGAUAACACAAAAGGUCAAAUGUUGGGACUUGGCAACACCAGUUUCUCAGAUCCUUUUACAGGUGGUGGUCGGUAUGUUCCUGGCUCUUCAUCAGGAUCUUCCAACACACUGCCUGCAGCAGAUCCUUUUACAGGUGGUGGUCGUUAUGUGCCAGGGUCUGCAAGUAUGGGAACUGCCAUGGCUGGAGUUGAUCCCUUUACAGGGAAUAGUGCCUACCAAUCAGCUUCAUCUAAGAUGAAUAUUUAUUUCCCUAAAAAGGAGGCUGUCACUUUUGACCAGGCAAACCCUACACAAAUAUUAGGUAAACUGAAGGAACUUAAUGCAACUGCACCUGAAGAGCAGAGGUUAACUGAGGAUGACUUGAUACUUCUCGAAAAGAUCCUGUCUCUAGUGUGUAAUAGUUCUUCAGAAAAACCCACAGCCCAGCAACUUCAGAUUUUGUGGAAAGCUAUUAACUGGCCUGAAGAUAUUGUGUUUCCUGCACUUGAUAUUCUUCGGUUGUCAAUUAAACAUCCCAGCGUGAAUGAGAACUUCUGCAAUGAAAAGGAAGGGGCUCGGUUCAGCAGUCAUCUUAUCAGCCUCCUGAACCCUGAAGGAAAGCUAGCAAACCAGCUGCUUGCUCUGAGGACCUUUUGCAAUUGUUUUGUUGGCCAGGCAGGACAAAAGCUCAUGAUGUCCCAGAGGGAAUCACUAAUGUCCCAUGCAAUAGAACUGAAAUCAGGGACCAAUAAGAACAUUCACAUUGCUCUGGCUACACUGACCCUGAACUAUUCUGUUUGUUUUCAUAAAGACUAUAACAUUGAAGGGAAAGCUCAAUGCUUGUCAGUAAUUAGCACAGUCUUGGAAGUUGUUCAAGACCUGGAAGCCACUUUUAGACUUCUUGUGGCUCUUGGGACACUUGUCAGUGACGAUUCAAAUGCUGUACAGUUAGCCAAGUCUUUGGGUGUUGAUUCUCAAAUUAAAAAGUAUGCCUCAGUAUCAGAACCAGCUAAAGUAAGUGAGUGCUGUAGACUUAUCUUAAAUUUACUGUAACAGUGGGGAAGGGGAAUGAUAUUUUAAAUUGGUUACUGUUUUUUUCUCACAUUUUACAUGACUGCUUACAGAUGAUUAAAAAAAAUGCUGUGGAUUAAGUAAAACUGCAGAUAUUGUAAAGUGGGGAACGGGGAAACAAAGGAGAAAUAAAAUUUUUGCACUGA